AUCAUACUAUUCAACCAAAAUGAUAUUGAACUAAAAUAAAAUGUGAAACACCCGCUUACAUAGUAAACGAAAUAUAUACGGCUCUAUCUAACAGUUUGUGCAAUAUAAAAAGUACUUGCUCGGUGCAAGACGACUUAGGGGGAAGUAGUCAUGUAAAUUCGUGUACAAUAACGUAAAAUUUGCGUGAAAGCAAACAUCUGGACAGUAAAUGUCCCGCCAUUAUUGACAGCGUAGGCAGUGAAACAUUUCUUUCUAGGGAUAAUUCUCUACGUUUUAUCAUAAUGUGUUAGGAGCAUAGAGGCAGGCUGAUAAGCGGGUAUACGUCUCCAGCUGAAUAAAAAAUGAAUCGGAAGAGAGGCAUUACGUCUAUGUACCAAGCGCAUCAUCAUCAGUCAUUGGCAUCAGUUACAGUUAUUACCUCGACUCAAUGGCGAAUGAACGAUGGAAAGACGAUGUCUCAUACGCGAUGACCCCCUUCAAAUUGCUAACGUGGCCCAUCGGCGUUUGGCCACUGCAAGUUUAUAACAUCUAUUCGCUAUUACGAUGCAUCUUUGCCACCUGUUGCGUGAGUCUAAUGGUGAUAUUGCCUUCCAUCGAACUCUAUAUGGGCUGCACUGAUGCCGAGCAGAACAUAGACAGCCUUAUGUUAAUCUGUUGCGGAAUUCUUGGUAUGCUGAAGACAGUAUGGUUUCGCAUUUACGCAAGGAAUUUGACUAACAAUUACAGCUCUGCUGUGGAUGAUUAUCUGAUGAUUGAAAAUGCAAAACAGCGGGCCAUUAUGCGAAAACAUGCUUCUAGAGGAAGAAUUCUCUGCUGUUUCAUGCUGUGUUUCUCUUACUUUAGUUGUAUAAUAUAUGCGCUAAUUCCUCUUCUGGGUGAUAGUGUAAAUAAGCAAAUAAAUUUAACAAAUGAAGACGCUGUAUUAGACUAUCCAGUACCAUCAAGAUGUGCCUUGGGGUACUUCAAUACUCCAAUAAGCGUGUAUAGGCUCUUAUGUCUCAUCGAGGCUAUUUCGCUUAUUCUAACAAGUACUUCUAAUCACGGUAACGACUCUAUGUUUCUCAACAUUACGCUGCACGUUUGCGGUCAAGUGGAAGUUUUGAAAGCCAAGUUUAUCGAGUUUGAUGUUACAAGACCUAAGGUUUAUAAGCGUUUCAUCGCGCUAAUUAAAAGGCACAGCUACUUAAUAAAAAUGGCCAGACAACUUGCCGAUACAAUUAAUUUUGUCUUACUAAUUCAGUUAUUCAUUAUCAGUAUACAAUUGUGUAUAACGGGUUUCCAGUUUAUUCUAGCAUUGAAAGUCAACGACGUUGUUAUGGCAGGAAAAAGUGCAAUGGUGCAGAGUACUUUCCUAUUUCAAUUAACGCUAUAUAGUUUUAUCGGGGAUUACCUGAAAUCCCAGAUGGAAGAAAUCGGACUUUCAAUUUAUCAGAAUGCUUGGUAUAACCUUCCUGCGGAUCUGACAAAAAACUUAGUCUUCAUCAUUAUGCGGACAGAAUCUCCCGUCUUGUUGCGAGCUGGACAAUUUAUUGUGAUAAAUUUGUCAACCUACAUGAGUAUCCUAAAAGCUUCUAUUUCGUAUUUGUCUGUACUUCGAGUAAUGAGUAAUAUAAUUACCUUUUUACUAUGCUGUGAUGACAAAGUUGAACAUGAAAGAUCCAAAGGAAGAGAGACGGAGUCGUCUGGUGGAUUAUUGACAAAACUGCCCGCGCUCUCAACCCAUCCAAAAAGAGGCCACAGUGAUAAAUUCAGUAAGACAAGAAAUAAGAUCUGUAUCGUAAUAAUAAAUGUGCAAACUUUGUUGUCAGACCUCGUAAGUUCAAUACACUGUGUCGCUGUUUCAGAUCAUUUACAAAUAUCGAUGGAAUAUGGCAAAGUUAUCGAAAAUAUCGAAAAUUGUGCACAUUAUGGAAAAACAUUGACGUAUUACAAAAAUGUCGAAACUAGCAUGUUGCCGGACAUGAAGACAAAUUGGAAUAGUGGCAUGGACUAUGGCUUCUCAGUGAUAAGAACUAUAAUGUGGAUAGUCGGUGUAUGGCCUUUGCAGCACGAUGAUAUGGUUUGCACAUUUCGCUGGUUUAUCAUAUUCAUUGCAGAGUCUCUCACAGUGUUCAAUAUGCUAAUGGAACCUUUCAAAAACUGCGGUGAUACCAAAGACGCCUUGGAAGUUUUUCUUUUAAUAGAGGCCGUCUUUCAUUCGUGGAUAAAUGUCGUUUUUGCGCGUAUUUAUAUGAAAAAGAUUGCCGUUAACGUAAAUUCUGCAAUUGACGAUUGGUCGUCCUCGUCGACGGAGAAACAGUCUUAUCUAAUAAUGACGGGAUAUGCACGAAUGGGUCGAAUAAUCUGUGUGUUUCAAUUGUUGCUUGGAUUUCUAGCCGGUGGCAUACACGUUACCACUAUUCUCAUCGAAAAUAAACAGGUCGUAAUUAUUGGUAAUGAUACAGUAACGUUAUGGAAUUUCUUUAUUCCGUCAACAUGCCUAUUCCAAGGGAUUUCAUAUUCUACAUACAAAGCACUUCUCCUCAUGCAAAUACCAAUGGGAUCUAUACUUUUUAUAGCAGAAUGCGCAAACGAUAGCUUCUUCUUUGCUAUUACCAUGCACCUCUGUGGUCAAUUAGAGCUCCUGAAGAUUCGCUUUGUUGAACUCGUUGGAAAAAAUACUGACGAAAAAAAUUGUUAUCGCAGCAUAUUGGGUUCUUGGAUUAGAAGGCAUUACAAGCUAAUAAUACUGGCUAAAAAUAUUGAAGACACCUUCAAUCUCAAUAUUUUAAUUCGCUUGUUAAUAAUCACCAUUGUCAUUGCGGUUUCAGGACUGCAUGCUAUUAUGUACGUUAAGCAUCAAGAUUAUCCGAAUGUAGUAAAAAGCGUGCUCUUUGUUCAGUUUUAUUUAGUACAAUCCUUCUUGUUUACGCACGCCGGCGAAACUUUACAGAAACAAAGUGAAUCAAUCGUUUCGGCAAUAUAUAGCACAUCGUGGCACAAAUUGCCGCCCAUUAUGGUGAAGGAUUUGAUAUUUAUUAUGAUGAGGACGAAAAUACCUCUUCAACUCACUGCCGGAAAAUUUUUUUAUAUUACCAGAAAAACUACAACAGAUAUUCUGAGAACUGCCUUGACAUACAUAUCGUUUUUGCAGGUGACAAUGGAGGAAUAA